AUUUCCCGCUAAAUGUAGCGUUCAAGAGCAGAGAAGUUAUAAACCACCUUUCAUAGGAUGUAUUCAGAUUCAUGGAAAAUUAACUGAUUCUUGUAAUUAAAUCAAUUUAAAUUGCACAAUUUUAUGUUAAACUAAUUUUUAAAUAUGAGAACUGCUAAACGUGGUGCUUUCAUCGUUUUGGAAGGAUGUGAUCGAAGUGGAAAAUCGUCACAAAGCCGGUUGUUGUACGAAUUUCUAACCAGUAAUGGCUACCCAGCAAAGCACAUGCAUUUUCCUAGUCGAACUACGGAAAUUGGCAGCACAAUAAAUUCAUACUUAAAAAAUUCCAAAGAAUUGAAUGACCAAGUAAUUCAUCUGCUGUUUUCUGCCAAUCGAUGGGAGUUUCUAAAGGAAAUGCAGAAUUUACUAAAUACGGGUACCACAUUGAUUGUCGAUAGAUAUUCAUAUUCCGGUGUGGCAUACAGUGUUGCGAAAGGCAUGGAUUUCGAUUGGUGCAUGGCUCCGGAGAAAGGACUUUUACGACCAGAUGCUGUAUUCUACUUGAAAGCGCCAAUUGACUAUCUAAUUCAACGUGACGAUUUUGGCAGAGAAAGAUAUGAAAAGAAAGACUUUCAGUCUAAAGUGGCCAAUGUAUUCGAUCGCCUUUGUGAGGAGCAAACAGAGUUCUGGCAUAGUAUCGAUGCGAGUCAGUCGGAAGCAGUGGUAUUUGAAGAUAUUCGCUUAAAAGCGAUGUCAGUUUUAAACAAGGCUAAACAUAAACCACUGUGUUUACUGUGAUUUACUGUGCUAUUCUUUGAAUGUUUUUAAUAGAAUUGAUAAGCAGAAAACUUUUUGUUCGUACUUAAUAUGUAUUUUUUAAACCACUUAACUUGAAUUCCUUAAAACACAUUUCGAAUAUACAAAUUGUCCCUUUGUCUCAUAAACAUUUUUGUGUGCACAAACAAAUAAAAUAUGAAAACUAA